CCGAUUUCUUUUAUACGAACAACGAAAAACAACAAGAUGGAAGUCGUUCCGACUUGACUAGGGAGAAAAUGAAACAGAUAUUGUCAAGUGAUCGUUUCACAUAGUGAACUGGUUUUACCUUAGUUGAUGUGUUUUGUGUGAAGGAAAAAAAAACAGUGAAAUAAACUAAACGAUGACAAAAAUGUUGGAUAAUGGAUAACCACGCGAUGUGUACCUGUUAAAGUGGAAAAGGUCAGUGGAAGGCGUCGUAAAAGUGCUGUUGAUGAUGUAAUGUUAUAACUGGUUGACGCAGUCAACCAAUAGUUACCUGGAAAAUGACGGGCACCAAAUUUUUAGACAAUAUUAGUGACAAAGACAUUGAGAUUGAGCCCGAGCCCGAACCCCGGGCCAAGUCCAGAUGCCCGGAUGGAGGCUGGGGUUGGGUGAUCGUGUUUGGAGCAUUCGUGUGUAACGUGAUCGUGGACGGGAUCUGCUUCACUUUUGGGAUAUAUGUUCAGAACAUUAUAGACUAUUAUGGAGAGGACGAGUCAAAAAGUGUGCUGGUGGGAUCCCUGCUGGUGGGGUGCUAUUUACUUGCAGGUCCGUUGGUUAGUGCGCUCGCCAACAAGUUUGGGUGUAGAAAGGUCACCAUCCUUGGAAGUAUCGUGACAGCUCUUGGUUUCCUUGUGAGCACACUGGCCCCAUCCAUAGAAGUGCUGAUGUUCCUGUACGGAGUCGUGGGAGGAAUUGGAAUGGGGUUGAUUUAUCUGCCUUCCAUUGUCAUCAUUGGCUACUGGUUUGAACGGAAGAGGGCCUUCGCAACAGGAAUAGCUGUCUGUGGCUCUGGGAUUGGGGCCGUGCUGUUCUCACAAAUCAACAAAAAACUCCUGGAAGAGUACAGUUGGAAACAGAGUUUGGUGAUCGUUGCCGGUAUAGUGUUGAAUUGUGCUGUAUGCGGAGCUCUAUUUAGACCUAUUGCAUCGGUCUCUAAAAAACGCAUGAAAAGGGGAAUAGUAACUCGUGGCUCCAUCAUGAAAGCCCUCAUUGCUGAGAAGGAACGACAGAGGACGAUCUCUAAUGGAUCGCUGGACAACUGUAUUAUUACUAAGGACAACAGGCUUAUUAAAAUUGAUAAAAUUGACUUGAGAAAUAAAAGUGUAUCAUACAUAAACAGACUGAAAAAAGAACUGGGAUUUAGCUCGGGAAGCCUGAAUCGCAGUAAAAACAGUUUAAUCAUAACUCCAGUGGGUUAUAACAACAAUAUGAUAAUCAACAUUGUGGAAAGUGUACCAACAACGCCUGUGCAGGAAAAGAAAGACCUGACUUCCACUCCCGUGAGAUCAACCCGCAGAAAACGUGAUUUUGAACGCAGAAGAGAUAGCGGAAACGGAAGUGGAAACAUCGUUCCUGAUACUCCUGCUCCCGAGAACUUGAUGGAAAUGUUGGAGAAAGAAGAGAGCGCCUUAUCCAGACAGUCUAGUUUUGUCAGUCGUAAUAACGAAGAAAGCAGCAAUCUUUUGGAUCCAAAAUCCAUUAAACAAACUCAUUACCUGGGGCGUAGCUCGAGCAGCGUCAGAAGUAGCGCCAAUACCUAUCUGUCCCCGGAAAGUUUGAUGACGUCAUUGAACUCGAGCGUCAGAUUCGCCGGGGAGGUUACAAUUGAUGAGAUUGAGGAAUACUCCUCACAGCGAGAAAUCCCCGGAUGGUGCCUCUACGUCUCCAAUCUGUUUGAUCUCAGCUUAUUGAAAGAAAAGGCGUUUGUCCUCUACGCAUUUACCAGCUUUCUUAGCAUGUUAGGGUUCUUUAUUCCGUAUUUCUUUGUUCCGAUGAAGAUGAUGAAUAUGAUGAAAGGAAAAGAAGAGCCUGAAUUUUCAGACGAUAGCACAUUCAUUCUCUCAAUCCUGGGUAUUUCCACAACAAUAGGUCGUGUUUUGAUUGGCUGGGUGGCCGAUCGCCCAUGGUCAAACACCUAUUUUAUUAACAACGGGUCAAUGGUUUUGGCGGGACUUGUCACUGUAGUCUGUCCUUUCCUUGACGGAAAUGCACAGAUGACAAUUUUUGCUGUUGGUUUUGGAUUUUUUACAGCCGGAUUCCUCUCUCUACGCUCCAUUGUCCUUGUGGAUUUGAUUGGAUUAGAUCGAUUGACGUCAUCAUUUGGAUUACUCCUGCUGUUUCAGGGAAUAGCAUCUAUUGCAGGAUCACCAAUAGCCGGUCGGAUCAUGGGUUGCACCGGAAGCAUUGACUCUGUGUUCUACCUGUCAGGGUCGUUGCUAACUUUCGCGGGGGUUCUCGGCUGCUUCAUGCCGAUGCUGAAACCACGUGACGUUCACUCACAUUUUGAUGAGGAAGAAAUGGUGGAUUAUCCUAUGAAUUCCGAGUUGGAGAUGAUUGAACAGGUGAAACUGCCUGACACUAGAAUGUAGGCAGAGUGUCUUUUUAAAUUUUUUUUUAUAGUUUGUUAAAUAAAACUGAAACACUUUAAAGACUAAAUGUGCAGGGAUUUUUGGUGCUGAACGUUGCGACUGCGGGACAGGCCGUCUGCUUUGAAGGAUUUUUUUCUGUGACCUUGUGGUCAGAAAACAAUAACAGAAAGAAAAAUAACACUAUUUUUUAAUGUUGUGCGUUGAACGUUGUACAAAUUUUGUGUUGUUCCUGUUCAUGCGAUUGUACCGUGUGAGAGAAGUGUCCGACAACGUCAAGUGCCACAUCAACAAAGUUGAUCUGUCUGUUUGGUUAGAGACGAGUCGUCACUGCUUAUAAAGGAUCUCAGAAAUUAAGGGUGAACGCUUUGAACUAUUUCACCGUGUGUGUUGGAGUCCGAGCACCUACAAGGUGCUCUCUGUAUGCCAGUUUGGAGUGCUAUUAAUAGAACUACUCUCCUAUGUUGAAGGUUUUUUUGUUACAUGAUCAAACUUUCUUGUAUAAUGGCAGAUUUGAUUGAUAUAUUUUUUACGCUUCGAAACUGAUAAUGGCAAACUUCGAUUAAUUAGUAGAGAGAUAGAUAUAUCUUUAUUAUCUAUGAUCGUUUUUUGUUUCAUUUACUUUGUUGGACAAUUGAAUGGCUAAUGAUAUUGUUUUAUAGUAUAAUAGGAGAAAAGAUUAAAAAUCUAUUUACGUAUACAAAAACACACAGUGCUCCUACCUUUUUGAAUGCGUGCAUAAUGUUAGUGCAGUAUAGUGCUACUCUCAAUCACUUGUUUGUUAAGUUUGCUCUCUAGUAUUCCAAAGAGACCUGUUUGUUAAGCAGGGGAUGAGACAAGGAACUGAUUUGGACAAGUUCAAGUGCCUUUGCAUAUAAUCAUGUGCAAUACACAUUAAUUAUCUCAACUUUCUUGCAUAAAAUAUCUGCUCAUGAUCAACUGUGUAACGAAGAACUCGAUUCAAGUCCUAUAUCAUCGUGAUUGAUUUUAACACUUUGUUAACACUUUUUUAUUAAGAAAAAAAUAUUGUUCAUGUCUCUAACAUUAGUUUUUACUAGGUUAAUACGAAGGAAAGUUUCUUAUGUGAUUUCGAAGACUUUCUUCUUUUAUGUUUAAUCAUGAUAUAAUACGUUUUGUACGAUGUCUUUUUUUUUCAAAGAUAUAACCCGCAUUAUGUGUAUAUUGUACCUUAAUGGUUUGAUAAAGACGGGCGCAGAAAUUUCAUUUGUUUUGUCUUCUGCCUACCCCCGUUGGAAAAAAAAAUGAUAUUAUUGUUAUGUAUUAUAUGCAGUUUGGUUUGCUUUGUCAGGGUGAUCGUUACAAAAGUAUUACAAGAUUUUGUCACUAGAAUGAAUAACAACAGCUGCUUCUCGUUUUUAGCGUUUGACACCCUGAUUGUAUUCAAUGUUCAUUUAGUACUUCUCUUGUUCAUAAAUUUGCUGGUCAGUAUCAUAUGAAAAGAGCUUUGGUGACCUUGACGGUUGUGAGUGAUAGAUUUUAAGUGGCGGAUCCAAAACUGUGAGAGUGUUAACAUGUAUAUUAACCUAUUUUCCAUAAACCCCUUUAAACGUAAAAAUGUAUUAUAAUUUGUGAUACGUGUGAAUUUUUUUCUGUGUAGAUGAGUGUACAAGAGUAUGAGCUUGUCCCCUCAGUUAUAUAAAUGUAUAUAUAGCUGACUUUAAAGUCAAAAAAAAUAUAUAGGGCAUUUAUAAUUUGUUUUAUUGUACUUGUGUUAUAAUAAAAUCAUAAAAAUACAUGAACUUUUAAAACACAUUUAUCAAUGUGAAAGUAUCAUAUGAACGAUGUGUCACGCACAAUGUGAAGGACCCAGGAGCAUUAUGGGGCGGAUCCAGGGGUGUCAAUUUUAUUAUUAUUUUUUUAUUUCAAUCUGACUCUUUAGAUACGAUUAUAUUAUAGAAUUUUUAUCAAAUCUGGAUAAUGGGUCCGCCCAUGUUUGCUUUUUAAUGAAAUAGAUAUUUUUUACUGAUUUUUUUAUUGUUCUUCACAAGUGAGUGUCACUUUUUCCAAGGUUUUUAAAUGUAACAAUCCUGAUUCCAGCUGGAUCUUGCUGAUAUGUGGACGAGUGUAGAAAGAGCAGGUUUUUAAAAAGUUAAAAGGAAUAGUAAAUGUUUUUGACUUCGACGCCAUAAUGGUGCACUCUGUAAGAUAGAGAUACAUGGGUGAUGAAAUGAAUAGGUCGAACUCUAGUUUCUGUGUUUUGUAUAAUAUGAUGUCACUUUGUGAUGCAAUUUCAACUUGUUUAUUGUGUACAUCAUAUCUGUUGCCAUAUAUAUUAAAAGUUCUACAAAGAAAAA